AUGGAAUUCGGUGGCAGAUCGAGCUAUAAGGAAAAGGGAAAGGGAAAGGGUAAUGAAACCGAUGUGCGUUGUUUCUGUGCGUUGCCGGCGAAGAAAUGUAAAUCUUGGACGGACAAAAAUCCUGGCCGGAGGUUCUACGGGUGUGAACGCUGGAAGAGUCCACUUGAUUGUGGGUUUUUCCAAUGGAUCGAUGAGGAAGAACCUUUCGGAUGGCAAAAGCAAGCUCUGAUUAAAGCUAGAGACGAAAUUUCUGAACAAAAGCGGACUAUCAUGGAAUUGAAAAAGACCAUCUCGCACCUCCAGAGUGAUUUGGGCAAAAAUGCAGAAAUAGAGGAAGAAAUCAUUAACGGGUUUCUAAAUAUGUGA